ACCUCGACACCUACCACUCUCCGCUUAUUUCACUGUCCACUUCUAUAACUGCCCGCCUAUAGAACGCUUCGUUCUCAUAUCGUGGUUCGCUUCACUCCUCUUGAGUUCAUUUCGCCAUGCUCUGUGAUGUGUGCAGGAAAAUCGGCUUGGCUGUUGACGGGAAGGCUGAGCCCAUCACAAAUUGCGAAAUGAUGCCUCAUCAUCUGACGUGGAGCACCCUACGGCGAUCUAAUUUUCUUGGCUGUUAUGUUUGUAAUCAGGUCUGGGAGUCUCUCGAUAUCGACAAACAGCAAUGCAUUUCUAACUCGGCUGAAUGGACUUGCAACGGAGACAGUCCGCCAACAGAUCUGAUCAGCCAUGGAACUUACUCUGAUCACGAUCAGAGCGAUGUGACCUAUGCUCUCUGGUUCUUUUAUUCGGAUUCGCGGCAUCUUGAACUGCACGUGCGUAUUUGUCGUGUUUCUGAUUUCGAGGAAACAGAGUGCGUACUCGCCGUUCGCCCAGUUGAAGAGAUCUCGCCGGCCAAUGUUACGCCAGAGUUGUCCGACAACACUAGGUCAACGGCGACGUUGUCUCUUGCGAGAGGUUGGGUGCGAGAUUGUAUGACUAACCAUAGCGCAUGCAAGAAAGCCGGCGGGGCCAAGAGUUGGUACCCAAGUCGUCUUCUUGACUGCAGUACCAGCGAUGGCCCUGAAGCAUACUGUCGAUUAAUCGAAACUCUCGAUGCUGAUAUACAAGGGCCCUACAUGACUCUCAGUCACUGUUGGGGAGAUGCGGAUUGCCUAAAGUUGACCACUGAGAAUCAUGCCCAAAUGAAGAGAUUCAUGCCGCUGCCAAACUUGCCUCAACUAUAUCAAGACGCAGUCCUGGUCACACGAACUUUUGGCGUCCGAUAUUUGUGGAUAGACUCCUUAUGCAUUGUACAGGAGGGAGAUCAGCUCAAAGACUGGUUCCAGCAGGUCAAAAUUAUGGAUCAGAUCUAUCUAAACUCCUUGUGCAACAUAUCCGCAGCAAACGCACCGAAUGGCCAUUGUACCAUGUUCUCUUCACGGCGUCCGGAACUCGUCUGCCCGCCUACCAGUAUCCUAAACGUAGAUGGUGUUGUGGGCUCCUACCUCAUUGAGGCAAACACUAUAUGGCAUACACAAGUUUCUCAAGCGUUGAUUAACACAAGAGGCUGGGUACUCCAAGAACGACUCCUCUCUCCACGGGUCUUGUACUUCGGCGACAGCCAGGUUCUCUGGGAGUGUAACGAGAAAGCUGCUGCAGAGAUAUACCCCGAAAAACUACCUUUCACCGAUGAUAUUGAUACUGCAUCUCCAAAAUCCCUGCCAACCUCGGACUCAGAGGUAGCAGCCUGGGAUUCGAUAGUUUUUGCCUACUCGAGGUGCCAGCUUUCGUUUCCCCAUGAUAAGUUCACUGCUCUAUCCGCUGUUGCAAAACACAUGAGACUCAGACGCCGAGAUGAGUACGUUGUGGGAAUGUGGCGUCGGACUCUGGGAUAUGAGCUACUUUGGAAGACUCUCCCCUCAGAAUAUGUUAACACAAGACCCGACGAAUAUCGAGCUCCAAGCUGGUCAUGGACGUCUCUGGAUGGCUUUGUAUACCCAGGAUGGGUACCUAAUCCUCCCCCCAUAACGUCGCCAUUCAACAUCAUGGAUCUGGAGAUACAAUACGUGACAGAUGAUAAUACUGGCCCCGUACGAAGUGGCUCGAUGCGUCUACUUGGUGCAUUGAGGAAAGUUAUGCUUGUGUGUAAGCAUGACGAAUCAGUUCAAAGCAGCUACAAAAACAGGGAGCUGUGUAUUCGAGGAGGUCAAAGCGAAAUCUUGUCGGAAGCGUCCCGUGUAUUGCUCGACCCUCCACAGAGAGAUUCUGAGUGGCAGGAUACUCCACCAACGACACUGUACUGUGUUCGCGCAAGUCGUGAGACGGACUUAAACUUCAACACGUUGCUCUUUGAGGUGGUGGAUAGAGAGAAAGGAGUCUAUCGGCGCGCCGGUGUCGCCCGUAUUCAGAAAGAGGAGGUAUGGGAGCUACAACAGUGUCGCGAAGACGACGGGUCCCUGUUUCCAUGCGAAGAAUACAAGGACGGAAAGUACUUGAUAAAGGUCAUCUGAGCAGCACUUUGCGAACUGACAACGGCGGAGGGAAAUGAGAGCGGACACAGGUUAUUUCCACGAGCACACCGAUGAUAACUGGCAUCAGAUGCUGCUUAGAGCGAACCAAGUUGGAUCUCUUUGGAUCUGGUUACAUUCAAAUAUUCCUUCAUGCAGAAUCAGUUAUUGUCGUUGCUCUCUACGGUCAAGUCAGUCACAAAGUUUCUUGACUGACUGUUACAAGUCUAUCGCAGACUGGAUUUGAACGUUGGGCUAUCAUCGAAAGUGGAAAUUCGCUUGAAUUUGUCCUCGCUACGCUAUUUAGUUGUAAGGUUACCAAAUGAGAACGAAAUCGAGCAAAGGAAAAGCCGUUAUUGUUUGACAGCGGUUCAAAAUCUUGCAUGGUUUGGCCCCAGCCUCACAAAUAUGCACAUACUUAUGUUCGUGGUCUCCCGCCAGCGUUCUUCACUAUACCA